GCAGGCUGCGACGGUGUGCUUUCGGAUGAGCGCCGAAAAACGGUUCUCACACAGUAUGACAGGAUGUAGCAGUGGCGAGCGAAAGAAGAAGAAAAGCUUGUGAUAGAGUACGAUGUGACAGAGGGCCGGAGGUGUAGCCUAGAUAUGAGAGUGACCAGAGCAAGGACAGGCACAGAAGCAGAUCGUAGCGCGAGUACCCACGGCAGGUUAUAAAUGACAGCACCACGGCUGGCGAUUCUAUCCUGAUUUACCGCUUUAUGCAUUUGCUCCAAAAGCUUUUUUCUUGAUGCAACACUGUAUUUUUACGCACCAACCUAACUCUGACUGACACGGUUCAGAGACUUUUGCACAUAGGGAAAAACGGAAAGAAAGAGGAUAGAAUGGUGAGCCAAAACGACUGCUCGGUGAAGGUCUCUUUAAGGAUCCGUCCCCAGAUGGUGAAGGAGAAGAUCGAGGGCUGUCACGUGUGUACACUUGUAACCCCUGGGGAACCCCAGGUGCUGCUGGGUAAAGACAAGGCCUUCACAUACGACUUUGUGUUCGACAUCGACUCGGCGCAGAAACAGAUCUAUGCUGCUUGCGUCCACAAACUGAUCGAGGGCUGCUUCAAUGGAUAUAACGCUACUGUGUUCGCCUACGGACAGACGGGCUCAGGGAAGACGCACACCAUGGGGACAGGGUUCGAUGUGCAGGAGGAGGAGGAGGAGGAGCGGGGCAUUGUUCCACGGGCUGUUCACCAUCUGUUCCUGGGCAUCCAGGAGAGGAAGACACAGGCCCGGCAGCAGGGCACACACCCUCCUGAGUUUAAAGUCAGUGCACAGUUCCUGGAGCUGUAUAACGAGGAGAUCCUAGAUCUGUUUGACGGAGCCAGAGACCCAGACUGUAAGAACAGGAAGUCUAAUAUUAAGAUUCACGAGGACGGCAGCGGCUCCAUCUACACCAGUGGAGUCACCUCACGACUCGUCAACUCUGAGGAAGAGCUGUUAGAAUGUCUGAAGUUGGGAGCGUUGUCCCGGACUACGGCCAGCACCCAGAUGAAUGCUUCCAGUUCCAGGUCUCACGCCAUCUUCACCAUCAACCUCUGUCAGAUGAGAGUCUGCCAACAAACUGAGGAGAAUGGAGGAGUGAACGCAGAGCUGAACGGAGAGGUGAACGGAGGAGUGAACGCAGAGCUGAAUGGUGUAGGAGGAGGAGAUGGAGGGUCUAUAGCCAAGCCUGAAUACGAGACUCUGAUGGCCAAGUUUCACUUUGUGGACUUGGCUGGAUCAGAGAGACUGAAACGCACCGGAGCGACAGGAGAGAGGGCACGCGAAGGCAUAUCCAUCAACUGUGGACUGCUGGCCUUGGGGAAUGUGAUCAGUGCUCUGGGGGACCAGGCUAAGAAAGGAGGCCAUGUUCCAUACAGAGACUCUAAACUCACACGUCUUCUACAGGACUCACUGGGAGGAAACAGUCGUACGGUGAUGAUAGCGUGUGUGAGUCCAUCUGACCGGGACUUCAUGGAGACCCUGAACACACUGAAGUAUGCUAAUAGAGCCAGGAACAUUAAGAACAAGGUGAUGGUGAACCAGGACAAGACCUCCCAGCAGAUAUCUGCUCUCAGGGCUGAGAUCGCCAGGUUACAGAUGGAACUGAUGGAGUAUAAAGGGGGUAAGCGUGUGAUGGGUGAGGAUGGCUUGGAGGGCUUCAGUGAUCUGUUCCAGGAAAACUCAAUGUUACAGAGAGAAAACGACACGCAACGCAUGAGAGUCAAAGCUAUGCAGGAGACCAUCGACCACCUCAACACACGCGUCACCACACUCCUCGCCAACAACGUCAGCACACUCCUCGCCAAGUCAGGUGAGGGCAACGAGGAGAUUGGUUCUCUGAUCCAGAACUACAUCAGAGAGGUUGAGGAGCUCAGAUCCAAGCUCCUGGAGAGCGAGGCAAUGAACGAGUGUCUUCGUCGCAGUGUGACCCGUCUCUCUUCCCGCUCGCCGUUCCCUUCCUCCUCCCAUAGCUCCACCCCCGGGCCACACCCCUUAGGCUCCUCUCCCCAUUCCCUGUCAAUGGAGGCGGAGAUGACGGACGUGAUUCGCCGAGCCAAGAUGGACAUUGAGAGGCUGAAGAAGAAGGAGAGGAGACAGAGGAUGAGCCCAGAGAAAGAGAAGGGGUUUAAGAAACAAGUGAAGCUUCCCUCUCAUGAGAACGGACAGGACGGACAGGACGGACAGGACGGACAGAAUGGACAGGACGGACAGAUGGACUCUGAAGAGAACUACACAGAGGACGGGAUGUCCCCUCUGCAGGAGGAGGAGAGUGGGUGUGAUGAGGAGGAGGAGAGGGAUGAAGAUGAGUUUGACAGUGAUGAGAGUCUGGUGGACUCAGACUCUGACUCUGAUGAGAAAGCUAACUUCCAGGUGGAUCUGGCAGACCUGACGUGUGAGAUUGAGAUCAAGCAGAAGUUGAUCGAUGAGCUGGAGAACAGUCAGAAGAGACUGCUGCAACUCAAACUACAGUAUGAAGAGAAACUCAUCCUGCUGCAGAACAAGAUCAGAGACACACAGCUGGAGAGAGACAGAGUACUACACAACCUCAUGUCCAUGGAGAACUACACGGAAGAGAAGGCUAGCAGGAUCAAGUCAGAUUAUGAGAAGAGGCUAAAGGAGAUGAACAGAGACCUGAUGAAGCUACAGGCGGCUCAGAAGGAACACUCGAGGCUACUGAAGAACCAGGGACGCUAUGAACGAGAGCUGAAAAAUCUAGAGCAGGAGGUCAACGAGAUGAAGAAAGCCAAGGUGGCGCUGAUGAAGCAGAUGAAGGAGGAGCAGCUGAGGAGGAGGAUGGUGGAAGCCAAGAGGAACAGAGAGAUCGCUCAGCUCAAGAAGGAGCAGCGACGACAGGAGUACCAGAUUAGGUCGUUGGAGAGUCAGAAGUGUCAGCAGGAGCUUGUCUUACGUAGAAAGAGUCAGGAGGUGACAGCGUUACGACGGCUGGCUAAACCCCUGUCUGGACGCAUGGCUAGACGUUUACAGCCCCCAGACUCUGGAGCUGAACUGUCUCCCAGCACCACCUCCUCUGAACCAGAGUCCAACAGGACCACUCCAACCAAUGUGUCUAACAUAGUGAGACAGUGGAACACCAAGAUGAACGUCUACCUGGGACAGAACGAAGGGGUGACCACCAACGGGACACGGGUUGUUGGGAGUAGGACUCGUGUCCAGCAGGGUAAGGGGGUUCUGAGGGGUAGUAGCAGUUUCACCAAGGCGGCUCGUCAGAAGUGGCAAACACUGGAGAGGAGGAUCCUGGACAUCGUCAUGCAGAGGAUGACCAUCACCAACGUAGAGGCCGACAUGGAUCGACUCAUCAAGAAGCGUGAGGAGCUGUCCUUGCAGCAGGAGGCACUGUUGCGUAAAAGGGAGGUGCUAAUGGCAGAGGGGGAGGGGCCUGACACAGAGGACCGCCUUGUCCAGGAAAUGAACGAGGACAUUGAGGUUCUGAACGCAAACAUUGACUAUAUCAACGACAGCCUAUCAGACUGCCAAGCUACCUUCAUACAGAUAGAGGAAACCAAGGAGGAGCUGGACUCAGUGGACACCUCAGUGGUCAUCAGCUCCUGCUCUCUGGCCGAGGCCCGGCACCUGCUGGACCACUUCCUCAAGGCCUCCAUUGACAAGGGGUUACAGGUGGCUCAGAAGGAGUCUCAGAUUCGUCUGUUGGAGGGUCAGCUGAGACAGACAGAUGUGAUUGGCUCUGCCCACAAUCACAUCAUCCUGGAUGCACUGAGAGAGAAGGCUGAGUGUAUCCCUGAGCUGCAGGCUCUCAUCCACAACGUACAGCAUGAGAAUGGUUAUGUCAGCACUGAUGAGGAGCCGUCAGAAUUUAGCCAGGCCUCGGAUGGCAGUGUGUGUCAGAUGAAGUCUUCAGCCAGUCAGGAUGACUUCAAGAUGAAGGUCCAGACGGAGCCUCGUCUGUCAGCCCAGAUGAAGGCGGUAUCAGCAGAGUACCUGUGUCCCGUGUUAGACCCCUCUACGAAGAACAUUACUAAGUCUCUGGCCUCCCUGACAGACAUCCUGGAGAACGGGACCAGUAUGAGCGGCCUGAGCCUCACCCUGCCUAUCUUCAGAGACCGGAUGUCCAGGACCAUCAACCUGCCCGUCAGGGGGCACACCUUUCCCAGACAGUCUCACAGUGAUGACACCUCCCCUCUAACAAGGAGGAAGUCUUAUCACCGAGGCCAGUCUUCCAGAAAUGCUGAUGGGUUCACUCCCCCCUCCUCCCCCCCUCUUAGAACCCGGAACGACCGCAAUGUCUUCUCAAGGCUCACCAGCAACCAGAGUCAGGGCUCUGCACUGGACAAGUCAGAUGACAGCGACGCCUCUCACUCUGAGGUUCUCAGGGGUGUGAUCAGUCCCACGGGGGGUGUGAAGGGAGGGCGGACUGCGCCCCUCCAGUGUUCUGCCGUGGCAGAGGGACACUCUAAACCUGUCCUCUGUGUGGACGCUACAGAUGAACUGCUCUUUACGGGAUCUAAGGACCAGACGUGUAAGAUGUGGAACCUGGUGACAGGACAGGAGAUCGUCACGUUGAAAGGCCAUCCCAACAACGUGGUGUCAGUCAAAUACUGUUCCUCCUCCUGCCUCGUCUUCUCAGUCUCCACCUCAUACAUCAAGGUCUGGGACAUACGAGACUCCGCCAAGUGUGUCCGCACCCUCACUUCUUCAGGCCAGGUGAUAUCGGGGGAUGCGUGUGCUGGCACCACCACCCGUACCAUCACGGUGGCACAGGGUGAAUACCAGAUGAAUCAGAUCGCCCUCAACCCCUCUGGCUCUGUCCUCUAUGCUGCCGCUGGCAACACCGUACGCACCUGGGACCUCACCAGGAUGACGGCGUUAGGGAAGCUGACAGGUCACAUAGGUUCAGUGAUGUGUCUGACUGUAGGUCAGUCUGUACAGGGCAGAGACCAGGUGGUCACCGGCUCCAAGGACCACUACGUCAAGGUGUUUGAUGUGGCAGAGGGCAUGCUGGGUAAUGUAGGCCCAUCCCAUAACUUUGAGCCUCCUCACUACGACGGGAUCGAGUGUCUGGCCAUCCAGGGAGACGUGUUGUUCAGCGCGUCACGAGACAACGGCAUCAAGAAGUGGGACCUGGAGCAACAAGAACUCACACAGCAAAUCCCUAAUGCCCAUAAGGACUGGGUGUGUGCACUGGCCUAUGUUCCAGGUCGGCCCAUGCUGCUGAGUGCAUGUCGGGGGGGCAUGCUAAAGGUGUGGAACGUUGACAACUUCACCCCCAUAGGAGAGGUCAGGGGCCACGAGAGCCCUAUCAACGCCAUCUGCACCAACUCACGACACAUCUUCACCGCUUCCAGUGACUGCAGGGUGAAGUUAUGGAGCUAUGUCCCGGGUUUGACCCCCUGUCUACCUCGACGGGUUCUGGCCAUCAAGGGUCGCGCUACCAGCCUCCCGUGAGCCAGCACUCCAGCUCACAACCUCUGCUCUCCUCUGUGAUAUGACAGUGAAGAUCUGGUCAGCAAAGGAGGGGAAAAAGAGAUGACGGUCGAGCGGAGCGUUAGUGUGACAUCAUCAUCAGUGGCCAUCUUUUACUGAGGGCCUUCACCCCUGAACUCUGACCCUCACACCUCAACCAAUCAGGUGUGACACGACAGGACGUCAUGGUUACCAAUCAUUACCGGGACGACUAAAGUUUUGAUGGCAUGUGUGGUCGCAAAGUUUACUCUCCUCUGAAAAAAAACAUAUUAGGAGUGUCUUGAACUGAAAUGCAAAACAGCGAAGUUUGAUAGUGUUUGCCUUUUCUUGUUUCAACUACCAAUCCCUCUCUAAGUGCCAUUGAGAUGUGAUGUGAUUUGGACAAGAUAAAACCUUUCCUGUGCCAGAUAAUGCCUGUCUGUCUGAGGGACGUCCAUAGACACAGAGCUACAUACUGAAUGAACUGCUUGUAUUUAAUACUCCUUCAAUAAGAACCAGGACUCCAGGGAGUGAACCAGGGAGAACAACAUUCCUGAGCUGACUGGACACUUCCAGAGAGGAGGGCUGUUACUGUUUCAUUCUCUGGUCUGAGUGCAUUUCAUGUGUUUGAUACCAUUCCAUUGAUUCCGUUCCAGCCAUUACAAUGAGACGUCUUUCCCAAUUAAGGUUCCACCAGCCCACUGCAGUGUCUCAGUGUACACUACACAGUAGGUAGACCUCAGAGAGGACUGCAGUGUCUCAGUGUACACUACACAGUAGGUAGACCUCAGAGAGGACUGCAGUGUCUCAGUGUACACUACACAGUAGGUAGACCUCAGAGAGGACUGCAGUGUCUCAGUGUACACUACACAGUAGGUAGACCUCAGAGAGGACUGCAGUGUCUCAGUGUACACUACACAGUAGGUAGACCUCAGAGAGGACUGCAGUGUCUCAGUGUACACUACACAGUAGGUAGACCUCAGAGAGGACUGCAGUGUCUCAGUGUACACUACACAGUAGGUAAACCUCAGAGAGGACUGCAGUGUCUCAGUGUACACUACACAGUAGGUAGACCUCAGAGAGGACUGCAGUGUCUCAGUGUACACUACACAGUAUGUAAACCUCAGAGAGGACUGCAGUGUCUCAGUGUACACUACACAGUAGGUAAACCUCAGAGAGGACUGCAGUGUCUCAGUGUACACUACACAGUAUGUAAACCUCAGAGAGGACUGCAGUGUCUCAGUGUACACUACACAGUAGGUAAACCUCAGAGAGGACUGCAGUGUCUCAGUGUACACUACACAGUAGGUAGACCUCAGAGAGGACUGCAGUGUCUCAGUGUACACUACACAGUAGGUAAACCUCAGAGAGGACUGCAGUGUCUCAGUGUACACUACACAGUAGGUAGACCUCAGAGAGGACUGCAGUGUCUCAGUGUACACUACACAGUAUGUAAACCUCAGAGAGGACUGCAGU